AUGGCUUUGAAUCAAUUAGAAAAAGAGUUCGGAAGCAAUAAACGGCUGAACGGGGACACGCGCUCGUUUAAUCAUCGUUUAAACACAAUUGUCAAUACGGAUGGCUUACAGCAACAACAUGCACACGGACCUGGUGGUGAUCAAAUUAAUAAUACAUAUCAAUCGCCAACAUUAAGUCUAUUGAUUGCAUCAAUGUUUGGAGUGCUGGUUGCAUCUAUGCUUGGGACAGACAUAUCUUUCGUUAUCACCUUUGGAAACAAAAUCAAAAAGAAUGUGAAACAACUAACGCAAGAAUAUGCAAAUGAAAAGUCGACAAUAGAUGAAAAUCAAUUGAGAUUUAUCGACUUUGCUCAUUAUGAACGUCAAUCAGACUUGAGUAAAGCUGAAGCGUUUUGGGAGGACUUCUUUCAUGAUUAUGACUUUCACUUGCGAAUCAAUCUUCCAUAUGACAACAAAAUGAUUUUGAUCUCAUCUGGAUCAUACUAUGCAUUUGACAUUGAUCCAUCAUUGACACGACAAAUCUUUCGUUACAAACAGAAGAAGAACAUCAACUUCUUUCGUUUAUUUCUAUCUGUGUUCUACUGUUACCUGUUCAAACUCACUCAAGAUAAAGAUUUCUGUGUUGUGGGUGUCACACCAAAUCGUCCAAAGAAAGAACUAACUUCCGUCAUUGGUCCAUUUGAAAACUAUGUUGUUUAUCGACAUUUUAUUGAUCCACAUCAAUCUUUCAAUGAAUUUGUUGCGAAAAUCGAUGAACUGUGUACGAAUAUCAAAGAAAACGCCGCUUACCCAUAUCAACAUCUGAUUGCAUUUGCAAGAAAAUGUGGUUCACCUCAACAGCCCUUUUCACAAGUUGCACUUCGUGUUGAUAUCGAUGAAGAUAAAUGGAUUCUUGAUGUUGAUCAGAAUUUAGUUUUGAAUCAAGUAUCUUUGACGAAUCAUAAACAAUUUCCACGCAAUACAAAACUCACUCCCAUUGAUUUAACAUUAGUUGUUCGAUGUAAUUUGGAAAACAAAAGUAUCGACUUCUAUUUUGAUUAUGCCGAGAAACUGUUUGAACAGAAAACAAUCGAACUUUUAGCUGAUAGAUUCAAAAAAAUUCUCAAGCAUUUAUUUGAUGUUUCAUCAAACUUUGACUCAGACGAAGAACUAAUUAUUAUCGCACUAAAUCAUCGUUUAAACGCAAUCGUAAAUACGGGUGAUUUACAACAGCAACAUGCACAAGGAACUGAUCAUGGACUUGCAACUGAACCCAGUUGUGAUCGUAACAGAAAUACACAUCAACUCCAUACGUUCAGCCUAUUGGUUGGAUCCAUGUUUGGACUGUUGGUUGCACGCAUGCUUGACAUUAUUCCAGCUGCAGUAAUUUGUAUAUUUUUGAUCGCAUUGAAACUCGUCGUUCUGUGA